CCCUUCCUUUCGCGAUCUGCGUGUGCCUGGCUUCAUUUCCGCUCUGCUGGCUCCCUCGGAAUGGCUGCCCUCUUCGCCGCUUAGCCCUUGAGGGAUCAACGAGAAGCCGAAGGCCGCUGCCCUGUGCCGCCUGCCGGGGGUCGCCAUGGGCCGAGAGUCCAGAUCAACAAAGCAACAGUUAUCCAAACAAAAACAGCAUUAUCGGAAGCGCUCCUCAUCACGAGGGCGCUCUGGAAGUCGUUCUAGAAGUCGUUCUCCAUCAGACAAAAGAGCAAAACGUGGAGAUGAUAGACGGUCUAGAAGUAGGGACAGAGAUCGAAGACGUGAAAGAUCACGCAGCAGAGACAAGAGGAGAUCUCGGUCACGUGACAGGAAGCGUGUGAGGCGUUCAAGAAGUAGAGAGAGGGAGCGGAGUAGAGAGAGGAGGCCUCGCUCACGCAGUCGGGAGAGGAGAAGAUCCAGAAGUCGCAGUAGAGGGAGACGUUCCCGAUCUUCCAGCCCUGGCAAGAACAAGAAAGUGGAAAAUAGAUCACGAUCUAAAGAAAAAGUGGAAGGUGUUGAAGUUAACAAGGAAAAGAAAAAAGAGAAAGAAGACAAAGAAGAAGAAAAAGAUAAAGAUGUUAAUAAUUUUGAUCAGAACAAAUUAGAAGAGGAGAUGAGAAAACGAAAAGAGAGAGUGGAGAAAUGGAGAGAAGAACAGCGUAAGAAAGCUAUGGAAAAUAUAGGAGAAUUGAAGAAAGAAAUUGAAGAGAUGAAACAGGGGAAGAAAUGGAGCUUAGAAGAUGAUGAUGAUGAUGAUGAGGAAACCGCAGAAGGGGAAAAAGAAGGUAAUGAGAUUGAAGAUGAAGAACUGGAUCCGCUAGAUGCAUAUAUGGAAGAAGUCAAAGAAGAAGUUAAGAAAUUUAAUAUGAGGAGUGUAAAAGGUGGAGGUGGAAGUGAAAAGAAAUCUGGGCCAACAGUUACUAAGGUAGUAACUGUAGUGAAAACCAAAAAAGCAUCUCCAGAGACAGAAAAGAAAAAAGGAGAGCUGAUGGUCAAUGACCAGGAUGCAAUGGAGUAUUCUUCUGAAGAGGAGGAAGUUGAUCUCCAAACAGCAUUGACAGGUUAUCAGACCAAACACAGGAAACUGCUUGAACCCGUGGAUCAUGGGAAGAUUGAAUAUGAGUCCUAUAGGAAGAACUUCUAUGUUGAAGUUCCAGAGCUAGCUAAAAUGAAUCAAGAAGAGGUGAAUGCAUAUAGGCUGGAAAUGGAGGGAAUUACUGUCAAGGGUAAAGGAUGCCCCAAGCCAAUCAAAACCUGGGUGCAGUGUGGUAUCUCUAUGAAAAUUCUGAAUUCCCUGAAAAAGCAUGGCUAUGAAAAGCCCACCCCCAUCCAAACCCAAGCUAUACCUGCAAUUAUGAGUGGGCGUGAUUUGAUUGGCAUUGCUAAAACAGGAAGUGGAAAGACCAUUGCUUUUCUGUUGCCCAUGUUCAGACACAUCAUGGAUCAGAGGCCAUUGGAAGAAGGAGAGGGCCCAAUAGCUGUCAUUAUGACACCUACUCGAGAGCUGGCCUUGCAGAUUACAAAGGAGUGCAAGAAGUUCUCAAAAACACUUGGACUUAGAGUUGUGUGUGUAUAUGGAGGAACAGGAAUAAGUGAACAGAUUGCUGAACUGAAAAGGGGUGCAGAAAUCAUCGUUUGCACACCUGGCCGUAUGAUUGAUAUGUUGGCAGCUAAUAAUGGUCGGGUGACAAAUCUUCGAAGAGUUACUUAUGUUGUCCUUGAUGAAGCUGACAGAAUGUUUGACAUGGGCUUUGAGCCUCAGGUAAUGCGCAUUGUAGACAAUGUAAGACCUGAUCGACAGACUGUUAUGUUCUCUGCUACCUUCCCUAGAGCCAUGGAGGCUUUAGCACGUCGAAUAUUAAGUAAACCAAUUGAGGUCCAGGUUGGUGGCAGGAGUGUUGUCUGUUCUGAUGUGGAACAGAAUGUGAUUGUGAUAGAGGAAGAGAACAAGUUCUUGAAGUUGCUUGAACUACUGGGACAUUAUCAGGAAAAAGGAGCUGUCAUUAUAUUUGUUGAUAAACAAGAACAUGCUGAUGGAUUGCUGAAAGACUUAAUGAGAGCCUCUUAUCCCUGCUUGUCACUUCAUGGAGGUAUUGAUCAGUAUGACAGAGACAGCAUAAUCAAUGAUUUUAAGAGCGGAGUAUGUAAACUUCUUGUGGCCACAUCUGUAGCAGCUCGAGGUCUUGAUGUAAAACAUCUUAUGCUGGUAGUCAACUACAGCUGUCCCAAUCAUUACGAGGAUUAUGUGCACAGAGCGGGCAGGACUGGCCGAGCAGGCAACAAAGGAUAUGCGUAUACUUUCAUUACUGAAGAUCAGGUGCGGUAUGCUGGUGACAUAAUCAAAGCUUUGGAGCUGUCAGGUACUCCAGUUCCUCCUGAGCUGGAGAAGCUUUGGAAUGAUUUCAAAGAUCAACAGAAAGCUGAAGGGAAGACAAUAAAAAAGAGUAGUGGGUUCUCUGGCAAAGGAUUCAAGUUUGAUGAAACGGAGGAGGCUUUGGCUAAUGAGCGAAAGAAACUACAAAAAGCAGCACUUGGCUUGCAGGAUUCGGAUGAUGAAGAUACAGCAGUUGAUAUUGAUGAACAGAUUGAAAGCAUGUUCAAUUCAAAGAAAAGAGUAAAGGACAUGGCAGCACCUGGCGGAACAUCUCAUGUUCCUGCCCCAACAGCUGGAAAUGCAGAAAAAUUAGAGAUUGCUAAGAGAUUGGCAUUGAGAAUCAAUGCACAGAAGAAUCUCGGAGCCGAGGCACAAGUAUUGGUCUCUUUUCAAUUUAAGGAUGUGAUGCAACAAGCUACAAAUGCUAUCCUGAGAGGUGGUACAAUUCAGGCUCCAACUGUAUCUGCUAAAACCAUUGCAGAGCAACUGGCUGAAAAAAUCAAUGCCAAGCUCAAUUACGUGCCUAUAGAGAAGCAAGAGGAGGAGAAACAGGAGGGGGGACAAAAUGAAUCUUUUAAGAGAUACGAGGAAGAACUGGAGAUCAAUGAUUUCCCACAGACCGCUAGGUGGAAAGUAACAUCGAAAGAAGCACUGCACAGAAUAAGUGAAUAUUCUGAAGCUGCCAUUACAAUUAGAGGAACAUAUUUUCCUCCAGGCAAAGAGCCCAAGGAGGGAGAACGAAAAAUUUACUUGGCUAUAGAGAGUGCCAAUGAACUGGCUGUGCAGAAAGCAAAGGCAGAAAUUACUAGGCUUAUCAAGGAAGAGCUCAUCAGAUUGCAAAAUUCAUACCAACCAACCAACAAAGGAAGAUACAAAGUUUUAUAAAUAUUUGGAGUAAAUCAGUCUACCAGUUGCUUUUUUGUGAAACUUUGUGGUUUCUGUUUGUCUUUGCUGUUUAUUGUAAAUUAUUAUUUUUAAUAUUGUCAUGCUGGAUUUUUUUUUUUUAUAAAAUAAAAUUCAGUUUGGGAAUUUUUGUUUUCUGUGCAGAGGACAACAAUUUUGGUAGGACAUGAUUGAUUGGUAUGUUUGCCAUUCUAAAUAUACCAAUAAAAGCAGUUAUAAAUUUCCUGGAAGACUGUAGUUAACCACAGUUUGAAAAUUUUUAACUAGGAAUUGUAAGGCUUACAUUUUGGAGUAAUAAAACAAAUGCUUUAAAACGAAGGCUGAAUAGUCAUCUAUUAGAAGACUCUCCUCCUAUUGUCUCCCAUCUUGCCCUUAUAAAAAUUACCAGUGAGAUCCUUGUGAUCUUCCAGAACCAUGGAAAUAGACUUAGAAGCCCAAGAACUUAAUCUUAAUGGUAUUUUGUUGAAGUGUAUGAAUUACAUAAAUACUUGCAUAUUUUUCUGCAAAAUGAGACAUUUGGGAGACUUAAAGUAGCUUUCUAUUAAUGUCUGAUUUUAGAAUGUUACCUGAAUAGUAUAGUAUAUUUAAUGAGAAAAAGAAUUGCACUUCCAUUAACAUGAGAAACCUUUUUCAUAUGGGAAGUACUCUGUUAGUUGAGAUCAUAGUGUGUGUAUAUCUUGUUUAUUUCCCCAAGAAUUUCUUUUGCCAUGUAGUCUUACAAGAAAAGAAUUAGUUGGUUAACCAGUGUUUGACAUUAGUGCACUGAUUCUUGGUAGCUUAUUGUUUAUAGUCUCUAUCCUCACUUUACUUACUGUGAAGUCAGUUUCAUUUAUUUCAGAUUACAUCCUAGUCCUGUUUCCUAUUCUCUUGUCCAAUAUCUCACUUGUUCUUGCAUGACAGUUCAAGGAAGCUGUUGAAAUUUUAGUUUUAACAUUACUCCUCCAUCACUGGUACUUAUUUGUAUGCAAACUAUAGCAGUGACAAUUGGAGUUGGAAAGUUGUCCAAUUCUGAAAACCUCUUGUAGAAGGUGUGAGGGGGAAACAUAGGGUUGCCAUCUAGGGGCUUUUAUAGAGGACAUGAAACUAUUUGGGGGACCAAAUGACUUUUUUGUAUGUGUUGUGGUGUUUGACGUUCUUUGGAACAUUUUGUUUGCUCAGAACACUUUGCUCUCAUGAGCAGCUUCUCUUCAUUUGUCUCCUUCCCCUGCCAGCUUCCUACUGACCAUCCAUCCAGUGGGGAAGCCAGAGUGAAGUUUCUGCUUCAGUGACAAGUUGCAGAGCUACAUGAUGCAGGAACAUGGAUAAGCAGGCCUGGCAGGUGUAGCUUGCUUCCUUCAUGAGCUGGCAGUGAGAAGUUAACAGUUAGCUAACUAACUUUACUCAGUUAGCAGUGAUCCCUGCUAACUGAGUAAAGUGGUGGGGGCCACAGCAGGAAGCUGUGUGGAGUGCCAGUGGAGCAGGUAAAAACCUGCUCUCCUCAUUUUUAAAGAUGCCACGGCCUCCUCCAAUCAGACCGGUUUGGCUUCACAACAGUGUUCAAAUCCCAAUUUGUGCACAUUCCUACCUUGCAUUUCUUCUUAGAUUGUGAGCCAUUUGGGGUCAGGGGAGCAUCUUAUUUAUUUUUUCUUUGAAAAUCACUGAAACCUUCUGUUGAAAAGCAGUAUAUACAUGUUUGUAGUCAUAGACAACAGCAUCUGGGAGAUGGUACAUGCACUGCUGCACCAGCAUACAAAGAGGCUGGCUCGGUAGCUAGCUGGCUGUCCUGCCUUGAGCCAAGAAGUGAAGUUGCUGGCCUGGCUGGGAUGACCCGUGGGGGCAGGGAGGACAGAGGACUGUGUGUGUGGUAAACCUAACCAGGAGGUGACUCUCUGGUUAAGAAGCAGGGGCAUACAGAUACACAGCUCACCUGGUCAUUAGCUUCACAGUGGUGAUCUGUAUUUAUUCUCAAAUUAUCCAUUUUUUAAUCAGAAUAUGCAUAUAUAAUACCAAGCAACGUAUGCAAAUUUUAUGCAAAGAGGAGACUCUUUGGAGACUUCUUUGUGAAAAGCAUCCUCUAUUUCCACUUGUUUGGUAAUGGAUAUCGAUUUGUUUCACCAUCUGGACCUAGGUAAAAACUAGUUUUAAAAUAUGCAUUGAUCUAAGUAAAUCAAGUUAUAAAUGUAAUGGAUGGAAUCCAAAAAGCCACAAGCAGAAGGCAGCUCACAGAAAGGAAUUUUCCCAUCCCCAUUGACCCUACUGCAGCUCCUUGUGCACCUGAAAAUAUUCUGUGAGGUGAGGACGCCUUGGGAACAGGAUAGUGCGUAUUGUAUGGAAUAGGGAAGAGCCUUUUCAUGAGGUUCCUUCCAUGUGUGGUUCUUUGGAUCCAACCCAACAUAUCCAAUCUCAAAAGAAACAACUUGUAUCCAAAUCCUGCUUUUCAUGCACACUAGUUGCUGCCACCUUGCACCAUGUUAGUGUUUGUACAAGGGGGUGGGGGAGUUUUCACUCAUUUCCCCUUCUGUCUCCAGUAUCCUGCACUGGAACUGACUUUCAGAGAAGAGGGAAGGGGAAUCACCCAAAGGCGCUUUCUCCGUGCAUGAACACUAAAUAACAUGAGCAGAAGAUAGGGUUUGAAUACAGUCCUUUAUAAUCUCACAUUUUUCAAAACCUAAAUUGCUUUGAAAUAUGUUAAGACUUUCUAAGUUUCCUACCAGACAACCUUAAAUAUUACAUGCUAGUUUAUUUUUCACUUUUGGACAGUGUUAGACAUUGAGCAAUGUGGGAUUGUGGGCUGUUCUGUAUCUAAAACAACUUCCAAGGAACCCUAAGAAUUCAUUGGGAGGAUGGACAGGGAUACGAUUUGAAAUAUUUUGUGUUGGCAACUGCUUGGGGCCAUGAUGAUGAAGACAUUUCAUUGUAGAAGAAUUUUGAACUGUUUACCUGUAAUUUUCCAUUUUAAAAUGAAUGCAAGGUCUUUGUAAAGAAUUUCACUAUAUACAUGUUUUAUAAAUUCAUCAUAAAAUAAAAAUUCAUAGUAUAUUCCUA